UAAAAUAUUUGAUCAGGGGUGGAGGGAUCACGACCAACUAAUAUGGAAGAUGUUGAAGUUCCGGAUUAUUUCCUUUGUCCAAUAUCAAUGCAACUAAUGAGGGAUCCGGUUACAACAUCAACCGGAAUAACCUAUGAUAGGGAGAACAUAGAGAAAUGGCUAUUCAAGUGCAAGAACACAACUUGUCCCAUAACCAAACAAGAGUUGUUGACCAUGGAUCUUACCCCAAAUCACACUCUUCGUCGUGUGAUCCAAUCUUGGUGCAUCAUGAAUUCUUCCCAUGGUGUUGAAAGGAUUCCUACUCCAAAGUCUCAAGUAACAAAAUCAUAUGUUCUAAAACUCCUUAAAGAAGCCAUGCAAUCCCAAGAAAUGCAACUUUCUUGCUUGAGGAAACUUAAAUCUAUUGUUCAUGCAAGUGAGAGCAACAAGAAAUGUUUACAAUCAUGUGAGGUUGUAGAUUUCUUAGCUUCAAUUAUAAUGAAGCAAGAAGUGGCUUUUAUUCAAGAUUCAGAGUUCAGGAUCAAUUCCGAAUCAUACAAGUUGAGUUGUGAUAAUAGUCAGACACCACUUGUACUCGAGUACUUCACUACUAAGGCAAGUGAUGAAGCAUUGGAUAUUCUUUUCCAUCUUAAUCCCUCCGAUGAAACCCUAAAAAAGUUCGUCUCCAAAGACAAUGGAGACGAACUUUUCUUAGAUUCUUUAUUGUAUUUCUUGAAAUGUGAGAAUUACCAAUCUCGAGACUAUGCAAUAAUGCUAUUAAAAUCAGCAUUCAAUGUGGCUGAUCCAUGCCAAUUAAUUGGUGCAAAACAAGAAUAUUUUAAAGAAAUAUUGUUAUUUUUGAAUAACAAACUAAUCUCACAACAAGCUACAAAGGCUUCACUUAAAUUACUAGUGGAACUUUGUCCAUGGGGUAGAAAUAGAAUCAAAGCAAUUGAAGUUGGAGCUAUAUCAACCCUAAUUGAGCUUCUUCUUGAUACAAUAGAAAGAAGAUCUUGUGAAUUAAUCCUUACAAUUUUACACCAACUUUGUAGUUGCGCUGAGGGCCGGGCUGAGUUAUUGAACCAUGGGGCAGGAAUAGCCAUUGUUUCCAAGAAAAUACUUAGGGUUUCACAAGUAGCAAGUGAUAGAGGAGUGAGGAUACUUUGUUCCAUUUCAAAAUUUUCAGCAACUUGUAAGGUUCUUCAAGAGAUGUUGCAAGUGGGAGUGGUGUCAAAGUUGUGUUUGGUGAUUCAAGUGGAUAGUUGUUCAAAGACCAAGGAAAAAGCAAAAGAAAUUCUAAGGUUACAUUCUAGGGUUUGGAGAGAUUCUUCUUGUCUUCCUCCUCAUUUACUCUCUUCUUAUCCUUCAUAAAGAAAAUUAUAAUGUUGUUGU